GCUGUAAAUCUUGAGCAAUCCACAUGAGUUUAACAAGAUUCGUCUUGAAACUAAACUAUCGCGACGAGUGCGUCCGAGUACGACCGGAGCCGCAGUACUGUACGAGGUUCACCCACAUCUUAGAGUACAUCAAGGAGACCUGGCCGGAGCUGUCCAGGGCCGACGACUUCAGUGUUUACUACUACGAUGAAGCCGGCGACCGUUGCACCCUCAACGAGAGGACCCUCCCUGACUGUCUUAUGCUGCUAGGGGAGCGCAAUGCUUAUAGAGUCACUGAGGAGCUGCCGGUCCUCAUAUUGGACAUUGAACGCUAUCGUGGACGUCGUCCCCUCCCUCCACCGCUGUGUAGACCACCUCAAGUGAUGGAGGGAGCCCCUUGGGGUAUCGAACAAAGGAUGGGCCGGCCCAUGAGGGCUCACUGUGAGCCGGUGUCCAAGGGCGGCUUUGAGGGAAUGCAGGUGAAGUCUGUGGUUCAUCAUGGGUUCGUGUGUGAUGGCUGUGAGAUGGACCCUUUAGUGGGAGACAGGUAUAAGUGCAACUACUGUGAUGACUUUGACUUCUGUUCGAAGUGUUUCGACAAGAGAUUGGUAUUGGGUCACAACCCUUUCCAUGCCUUCACCCGUUACAAGAUUCCGGAGAGGCCGGUCUUUGCAGCGACCAACAGCUGGUCCGAUAAGAACACUAUGACGGCCGCCUACUCUGUAGAGGAGAAGUCUGUUGGGGACGCUCCUGUAACGCCUCCGACCAAGUCCGUUGGGACUCUGCCGGAGCCCCAGGCUACUCGAGACGAGGGCGUCCAGUGGGGAGAGGUCAAGCAUUGUACACUUGCUGGACCUUGGGGCAGUAUGGACAUCUUCGUCGAUGGUCCUACUAGAGAAGACGGCCCUGUAUUGGCGACCGUGGGCCAGCCCAGUAUACCCUCAGGGGCCGGAGCUCGUGAUAGCUUCGCAGUGGAUGCUGGUGUGCACCUAGGCAUCGAGUGCGACUGCUGUGAAGAGCUGCCUAUUGUCGGCCCGAGGUACAAGUGCGCGGUCUGUCGAGAUUACGAUCUCUGUGAGGAAUGCUUUGAGUCCACGUGCCCAGCCAAGUCUCAUGACCAUCCGAGAAGCUCGUUCUACAAGCUAACUCCUCUGGAGACCAUCGAGAUGCGCAAAAAGUCGGGAGCUUGGACUGCCAAGUGUCAGCAGUCAGCAGCCCCAACGGUGGCUGUUCCCAUUGAGGAGGCAGAGACCUGUGGUGGGUCCAUGAUUGGACCGAUCGCAGUGGUCAACCCUGAGCCAGAACCCGUGGGGGUGGUCGAAGCUGCUGCUGCCGAGCCUGAGGUGGACGAGGAAAUUGAGAUGGAGACGCCCCCGGCUGAGAGCACCAAUGAUGGCACUGCUUCUGAGUCGGGGAGUUGGAUGGACCUGGGGGAAAUUGGAGAGGAUAUCAUGUCGGUUGGGACACCACGUUCUGACCAGUUCCAGAUUAUCCAAGCGUUUGAUGACGACUCGUUGGGAGAUGAGGUCGAGGUUCCGGAGGCAGAUGCUGGGAGUGUCACCGUGCAUAGCUUGGCUGAGGCUAUGGUACAUCAUGGAGUGGCCGAGAACAGGGCAAGGGCUGAGUUGGUGAUAAACCAGAUAUCCUCCAACGAAGAGCUCCGUGGAAAGCUGAGUGCGUUCCUGAGGGAGAUUCAAUGAUGAGCUCCGUGUCGAGUCCGAAUUUGCUAGUAGCAGCAUCUGUCCCUCUCGUCGUUGUGACUGGACAUUUUUGCAUUUCUGAGAGGUGGCAAGUUGAAAGUAUCAUCAUUUACCUUUUCAUUUCAUCCCAUGGUAGUUGUCAACCUAUUUUGAUAGUUGUGAUGGUAGUAUGUAGUAUGCCGUUUUCAUGGUGAUUAUGCUAGAGAGAGCGUCAGUCUGACAGACCGCUCCCUCUAGUCUG